GCUCUGCGGUCGCUAUGACAACAGUCCCGCCCUCCGCCGCUAUUGGCCGAAAGCUGGCGGCCCCGGGCCGAGCGGCGGCUCUGAUUGGUGGCGGCCGGGCGGGGGCGGGGCAGGUUUGUUGUGCGGCGGCGGCGGCGGUUGUCAAGCGGCGGCGGCGCCGCCGGGGGUUGGGCUCCGGUGCCGCCGCUCCGGCCGGACGGGCCUGGCCCGAACACCACCGUCUGAGCGUCCCCCUGCAGCUCCUCGUCGCCCGGUGAGGCUGCGGCGGCUGGCGGCAGCGCUUCCCGCCCACCCCCGUCCCUCCGGCGGAGCUCCGCGCCGGCCUCGUCGCUCCCGUGAUGGUCGUCAGCGAGCGGCAGGGGCCGCCGGGGCGGAGGGCUGGGCGGCGGUAGGACGGGCGAACCGGCGGAGCCUGGCCAGGAGGAGGAAGAAAACGUUUGGGAGAGGCACCGAGCGGAGCCAUGGCCGUGGCCGUCACCACGAAGACCGCCUGGAAGCUGCAGGAGAUCACAGCUCACAGCAGCAAUGUGUCCUCGCUGGUGCUGGGGAAGAGCUCAGGCCGGCUGCUGGUGACAGGAGGGGAUGACUGCCGAGUCAACAUCUGGGCUGUCAACAAGCCCAACUGCAUCAUGAGUCUGACAGGCCACACAACACCCAUUGAGAGCCUACAGAUCAACCCCAACGAGGAACUCAUUGUUGCAGGCUCUCAGUCAGGCUCCAUUCGAGUUUGGGACCUGGGAGCUGCCAAAAUUCUUCGUACCUUGCUGGGUCACAAAGCAAGCAUCUGCAGCCUUGAUUUCCACCCCUUUGGAAGCUUUGUGGCAUCUGGCUCUCUGGACACAAACAUUAAGCUGUGGGAUGUGAGGAGGAAAGGCUGCGUCUUCAGGUACAAGGGUCACACAGAAGCAGUUCGCUGCCUGCGCUUCAGCCCCGACGGGAAGUGGUUGGCCUCUGCUGCCGACGACCACACUGUGAAGCUGUGGGACCUGGCUGCUGGCAAGAUCAUGUUUGAGUUUACAGGACACACUGGGCCAGUCAACAUUGUUGAGUUCCAUCCCAAUGAGUACCUCCUGGCUUCUGGCAGUUCUGACAGGACUGUUCGGUUCUGGGACCUGGAGAAGUUCCAGGUCGUGAGCUGCAUCGAGGAGCAGGCUACCCCUGUCAGGUGUGUGCUCUUCAACCCCGACGGCUGCUGCCUGUACGGCGGCUGCCAGGACUCGCUGCGGGUCUACGGCUGGGAGCCCGAGCGCUGCUUCGACGUGGUCUUGGUCAACUGGGGCAAAGUGGCUGACCUGUCCAUCUGCAACAGCCAGCUGAUUGGAGUCUCCCCUGCCCAGAGCACUGUUUCCUCCUUCGUUGUGGACCUCAGCAGGAUCACCAAGUCCGACUCUGUUCCUCGGGGGCUGAUCAGGGACAACGAACCUCUGGUACCUCCUACCCCUACGGGCUCUUCCCUUCGUCGGAUCUACGACAGGCCCUCAACCAGCUGCAGCAAGCCACAAAGCAGGGUGAAGCACAACUCAGAGAGUGAGAGGCGCAGCCCCAGCAGUGAGGAUGACCGAGACGAGAAGGAGUCCAAGGCUGAGAUCCAGAACCAAGAGGAUUACAAAGAGAUCUUCCAGCCCAAAAAUGCCAUCUCUCGAACUCCUCCUCGCCACAACGAACCCUUCCCAGCCCCUCCUGAGGAUGAGCCUGUGGCUGCAAAGGAUGCAGUGAAGCUCAGCCAAGCUGCUGAUGCUCAGCCCCUGGUGCCAAAGCAAGAGCUUCCAGAUCCAGUUCAGAGACCACCUACUGCCUCCUCCACUCCUUUGACCAGAACAGAGCCAUCAGUGAUCCCUGCAGCCAGGAAUGAGCCCAUUGGCUUGAAAGCUUCUGACUUCCUACCAGCUGUGAAAAACCAAAGCCAGAGUGAGCUGGUGGAUGAGGAGGCCAUGUCCCAGAUCAGGAAGGGCCACGAGACCAUGUGCGUGGUGCUCACCAGCCGCCACAAGAACCUGGACACGGUGCGGGCAGUCUGGAGCAUCACUGACAUCAAGAGCUCUGUGGACUCUGCAGUGGCCAUCAACGACCUCUCAGUGGUGGUGGACCUGCUGAAUAUUGUCAACCAAAAAGCGUCCCUCUGGAAGCUGGAUCUGUGCACUAUCAUCCUGCCACAGAUAGAAAAGCUCCUCCAGAGCAAAUAUGAGAGCUAUGUCCAGACAGGUUGCACCUCCCUGAAGCUCAUCCUGCAGAGGUUCCUGCCCCUGAUCACAGACAUCCUUGCUGCACCCCCUUCAGUUGGAGUGGACAUCUCCAGAGAGGAAAGGCUCCACAAGUGCAGGCUCUGCUACAAGCAGCUGAAGAACAUCAGCAACAUCGUCAAGAACAAGUCUGGGCUCAGCGGCCGCCACGGUAGUGCCUUCCAGGAGCUGCACCUCCUCAUGGCUGUCCUGGAGUGACAGCUGCCACCUCCUGCCCUGCAAGCAGAGCUGGCCAAGCUGCCUCCUCUCUGCUUGCUCUGCCUGGAUCUCACCUCUCUGCGUGUCCAUCUGCCCCUCUCACCCUCCUCCAGCAGCACAGCAGGGAGGUGGAACCUGCCUGGCACCUGCCCAGCUCCGCUGCCUUAGAGGCUGGGGGCUGGGGGCUGUGCCAGCCCCUCUAAGGAAGCAGCUGCGUUUGAGCUGCUGCUCUCUGUCUGCUGGCCUUUCCCUGGUGGGAGGGCUCUGUGCCUGCUGUGCCCCUUCCCUGCCCCUCCUUCACCUCCCCUGUGCCCCUCCUCGCUUCUCCUGGCUUGGCUCUGCGGGCUGGCACCGCCUGGCCCUGCUCUCUGCAGCCUGCUGGGGGCUGCAGUGCCCACCCCACAAAAGCCUGCUGUGGGAUGCCCUUUUUUGCCUACUCAGAGAAGAGAUUGCAGCUGCCCUCUGGCACCAUCCCCCUGGGUUGGCUCCACCUGUGCCUGCUGCAGGCUCAAGGACCCAGAUCUUGGCAUCCCUUAAGUCCCUGCUGGCAGCACUGGGAGCAGAGGUGGUGAAGCCCUUCAGGAGUGUUGCUGGGAGCUGAGCUCUGCAUGGAGCUGUUAGAACACAUCACUUGAGCAGGACUUGCC